AGCCGCCGUUUGGCUCAAGACGAGCACAAACGCAUGGCAGAGUUGCAGCCGGAGGGUGAAGAAGCGGGCGAGGUCGAUUAUGUGCAGUGUGUAGUUUCGCAGCUCUUGCCACAAGAUGCGGCUGUUGUGGAGGAUUUUGCCCAAGCACAAAGUAUCACAGCUGAGGAGCAUGUGCGAUCCAUCUUCUCUGCAGCCUCCUUGGAAGACACUGCAGGACGUUCCAAGCUGAUCCUCAGUGCGAUUGAAGAGCAGGAGAAGUUCCUAAGUGAAAAGCGUGCCCGAAAGAGUGUGAAGCUGGUUCGCGCGGCCAAAAAGGCCUUGGAACAAGCACGCCGAAACAACAACACAGGUUACAACAAGGCGCAGGCGCUUGCAGCUGCAGCCUUUGUAGAAGUGUCAGAAUUGAAGACAAAUUGGACUUUGGUGCAGGCUUUCAACACUCAACAGGAUGCCUUGCACUUCAUCCUCACGCGUCAAGCCUCUGAGUACCGGCCGGCUGGAGAGGAGUUUCAGAAUUUCCGUUUUCAAAACCGGAAAGAUGCCAUGGCGUAUAUCUUAUCUUUGGAUCCAGUUCCAGAAGAGUAUGUCAGUUGUGAGCCCCUCUUCAAGCGUCGACUACGUUUGCGUCCAGUUGCCUCACCCAAGGAGACCAAAAGUGAGAUCGCACAGCAGCGUGCCAGAGCCACGCAGCGGAUCCUCACGGGCGGAGCGAAGGAAGCGCCCCGAGAGGAACAUCCUUGGGUGGUGGAGGCCACAGGAGACAUUUUUGAAACUCCACCUCUUCGAACUUUGUCGGAUAAGUUGGGUCAGCGCUUCUACUUGGCAGUGCCGCCAGAACUGGAAAAGAAGGUGCUCUCUGAGGGGUACCCGCCCCAGAAACGAAGUUCCGUGCCCUGCUUUGCCAGCCCUGCAGAGGCGGUCUCGGCUUACUUGAAGGUGAUGCAUCGCAAGAAGGAAGAGCGAGAGCAGUCAGUGAAGAAGAGAAAGGAUAGGCUCAUGGAGAACGAUGACGACUUGGAUGAUCGGGAUUGGGGUCUGUGGGAAGCUGCAUCAGAACUCUAUCCUGUACUGAGUGAGGACAAGCAAGACUUCAAAGCCACAGUCUUGGCAGUAGUGAUUCCUGCUGAACUGGGUCAUGAUAUCAUCACCAACAAAGGUGGUGGCCUCCUGAUCCGAACACGUGGCAAGGUUCUCCCCGCCAGCUGUUUCUCACGGGUGAAGCGGAGUGAUGCACCUUAAAGGGGUGCCUUUUUUUCCGGCCCACCCGAUGGGAGGUGCUCCAGGAGCUGUAGCUGGGAUAGCGCAAUUAACAGUAACUCCCACAAGGCUAUGCCUGGAAGUCGACCAUCUGUGCAGAGUGAGACGCCAGCGUGAAAGAA